UCUGCACCCAGUGGAGAGAAGAAUCAGGCAGGAUGAAGACAUUGUUUGUAUUCCUGCUCUCUCUCACCUUACUGACUUCCUUCUCAGGGGCCUCGCCAAUUCUGUCGGAAAAGCAGGCCAAACAGCUUCUGAGAUCCCGGCGCCAGGACCGGCCAAGCAAACCAGGCUUUCCUGAUGAGCCCAUGAGGGAGUACAUGCACCAUCUACUGCGUCUGGAGCACCAUGCUGAGGAGCAAUUCCUGGAGCACUGGCUGAAUCCUCACUGCAAGCCUCACUGCGACAGGAACGUGGUCUAUCCUGUAUAAGGCGUGGUGGGGCAGCCUUUGCAACCGUUUUGACAACAUCUGGAUAACAUCAACACAAGAUGAGGCUUCAUUCAUUAGCCUCUCAGCUGUGGAAAUGGAUACCUUCAAUUCUGGUGGACUGUGGGCUUGGCAUAGGUUGCCUUGGGGAUUGAUGGCAAACAUAUAUGCUUCUUCAUUAUCUUAGCCUGUGUCACUCAUCAAAACCAGCAUAUUACAGACUACCUCCCCAAAUGGCCUUCCUACCAGUUUGAAAGGCUUGGCAGAAGUAUCAGUGUACCCAGAUCUGAUGAAGUGGGGCCUUCAGAACAGGGCCUAUGUCUGUCUGCUUGCCCUGAGGGCUUGGGGAAGCUGCAAAGAAACCCCCCACAUGGGGCUAUGGGGUCUUUUGCUUAGCUAUUUUUCUUCUCUCUUUUUCUGCUUUAAUAAACAUUGGUAUUAAAAUU